UGCACUCUGGUUUGUUGAGUGCGAAGUGACAGCGCGCGUGCCAAUCGACGCGCGGCGCUUCAUCCGCGAGCGUGUUCAGGCAGCGUCGCGUCUUUAUUCUCACAGACAUCUGAUGUAAACACAUCCUCUGUAGACACUGACAAAGAGCAGAAGACGACAGAAGAAACAGCACUCAGGUGCAUCAAGAAACACAAGGAUCGACCCGAGCAACACUGACGUGGAAUCAGAGAGCUGGAGGGGCAGUCGAGGGCAAAGCAACAUGGAGGAGUUUAAAGUCCAGACCGCCAAACACCCGGUACCCAACAGCUCACCCAUGAGGCCCAACAGCGAGCACUCUAAAGAGCAUACGGCCAAACGUCUGUCCUCCGCAUCCAACGGCACGAGCGAUGGAGGCGCGGGCGCUAAAACACCCGUGGAGAUCACGGCGCUGGAGGACUCGUUCCGCAAGUUCGCCAUUCACGGAGACACGCGCGCCACCGGCAAAGAAAUGAACGGCAAGAACUGGUCCAAACUCUGCAAAGACUGCGGCGUCAUCGAUGGCAAGAACAUCACCCUCACAGAUGUGGACAUAGUCUUCUCCAAAGUCAAGAUCAAAUCCAGCCGCACCAUCACAUACAGCCAGUUCAAAGAAGCUCUCGCGGAGCUCGCCGGGAAACGCUUCAAAGAGAAAAGCAGCGAGGACGCCGCAGAAGAGGUUUACAAAAUGAUAGAAGGGAAAUCGCCCGUUAUAUCUGGAGUUACGAGAGCCGUGGCUUCGCCCACCGUGUCCCGUUUGACGGACACCACCAAGUUCACCGGCUCUCACAAGGAGCGUUUCGACCAGACGGGGCGCGGGAAGGGAAAGGCGGGACGAGUGGAAGUGGUUGACACAUCGGGAUACGUGCCUGGAUACAAGCACGCAGGGUCGUACGAGAAGAAAGUUCAAGGGAAACCGCCACAGAAACCCAUGUGAGAUACGCGGCAGAAGACAAACCCCCGACUCUAUAAAGCACAAAAGGAUUUUCCGUUUCCAUUGAGGGUCUCUUUAUACUCUGUGGUUUUAUGUAUCUUUUCCUAUGUGUGUGUUUUUUAACUGGAACACUGUUUACAACCGAACAAAGUCAUCGCCAGCUGGUACAUUCCUAACAAACUGCAUGUUGAUGCAGUGCAAUAGCUCAUGCCAACCACAAAGUGACGCUCUACUGCUGUUACGCUAAUGAAAUAAAUGCACAUUUGGGCAUUUGACAUUUUUUUACGUUCCAGUCGAGUAAGGCCAGAAACAUAUGUAACGCAUGUAUGCAUACACACAUGCUUGAUCAGCAUAUUGCAUGUACAAGGUCCCGUUAUACAUACUUAAUGUGCGUUAUUAUGCUACUGUGACGUAACAUACUCCAGCACUAUAGGGGGCGAUAGAGUUUUCUUCAAAUGUCCGUGACGUUAAACCAGAUGAGUUAUCAAUCAGGUAGCUAGCUAUUAAAUGUAAUGAAAGUUUAGUAACGUCAACAUACUUGCUCUCUUCAAACUGUUGUCCCCUCGUGACCAGUGUUGGGUGUAAUCUAAUUACAAAGUAAUUAAUUACUGUAAUCAAAUUACUUUUUAGUCACAGUGUAAUAAUUACAUUUUUAAUUCUUAUCAGAUUACACUUAAUGGCUUUCUAUGAAGUUAAUUACCAAGUCUCUUAAGUUACACUUUAUUUUAAAUAAUAUUAAUUUACGUAGAAUAUAAUUGUGUUUCCACGACAGCUGACGAGUCGCUAACGAGUCAUUGGACGGGAGAAACGCGAGGUGCCGAGUUUGACUCUCAUGCAACAAUGAACAAGGGAGAUUAUAUAUAGAGAUUAUUUUGAGUUCCUAGAGCGUAACAACAAAACGGAUUAGGUGUUUUAGAAAGUAAUUUAAAGUAAUUUGUAAUCUGAUUACUUUUCAUUAAGUAAUCAGUAAAGUAAUUUAGUUACAAUUUUAGAGAUUUAAGUACAUACCCAACACUGGUCAUGACAGUAGCUGACCUGAAAGAGAAAACUGACCAUAGAAGAACAGAUUGCGAUCAUUUCCGCUAUAGCGCCCCCUUGUGGGCAUUUCGCAACACAGUGAUGCACGAAACCCAGCUUGCAUAGCCAGACACUUUUGCAUUCACAUACUUGCGAAAGACUAUGUAUCGGGCCUAAAAAAAUAGUUCUAAAAAAUAUAUAUAUUUUUAAUUUAUUUGUCUUAUCAAAAAUGAUGUAUUAUUUUAUUUAAGUCAUUUGGACCGAUGGUUUUAAAACCUGACCUUGACAACGGUUUUAUUCUGCUAUGUUGUUAUUAAAACUAAUCUUAGAUUUCAAAACUAAAGUCAAUUCUACUGAUUUUUGACAUAUCUUUGGUCAUUAACCGAAUGCAAUGGUCAUUCCAAACUGUUCGUUUGAUGCAUAAAACUGCUUGUGCUCAUGAUUGUAUAUCUAGUAGUUUGGUUGAUGCUUCUAUCCUGUAUUUAGGUAUGUCAACUUCAUGGCAUAACUAUACAUUUCUAAUCGUAUAAUGGCAUAAUAAUGAACACUGGCUGUGUGUUGUUUUAAGGUAAUUGUGGAAUGAUUAUUAAUCAUAUUAUGUGAAGGAACCCGGCAUCAGAAUCUGUCCAAUAUGCAAUGGAUAACAUAUAGACUUAAUAACUACGUCAUAGAAAUAGGGAUCACGCCACUAAGGCACGCCUCUGUCUGUCCUAACUAAAAGCUUUGGCCAAACGUUAAAAAUGAACAAUAUAGUUGGUAGUUUCUAACGAUUUGAACACGUCUAAACAGGCCCACACAGACUGUGUUUAACUCUCCCGGAAGAGCGAAAUUAUGCAGAUUUGGAACACGUGAUAUUCACAAAAUUGCGCCGUUGAAAUCGUUUUUUUAAAAGUUCGCUAAGGUGCAUUUAAUACAUUUGACCAUAUUCAAAUCUGUUUUACACUUUCCCCAAAAUGAACGCAGAUCAUUUAUCUGAUUAAAUCUGCAGAUGAAAAGCAAUAGAACAAACUCGUAAAUGUAGGUAUUAAAGGUAUUUUGUAUUCUGCUGUGGUUUUGGUUUGAAAAGCACUGUUAUUAUAUCAAGGCACUUUGCUUUUUUUGUUAGUAUGUGCAAUGAUUCUGCCAACAGAACAAUGUUUACAAGAGUCCAACUCUAGCCAAAUGAUAUGCAGUAACUAACAGUGGCACGGCACAAGUGUUAAAUCUAAACCAAUACGUUCCCUUUAUUGUACCGGUGUUCAUGUGUUGUGUAAUGCACUGCCAUCUGAACACAAGAUGCAAUUUUCAGGGUUUCCACAUUAUUUAACCAAUUCAUUUCCAUGAACUUUAUAGUUCUUUAAAACUGGAUUUUUAAACCAUUCACACCGAUUCGAUAAUUAUUCUACUCGAGCAAUAAUGUGUAUUGGAGCAAAAAUGUAUAUUCAUUAUAGAAAUGUUGGUAACACUUUACAAUAAGGUUUUAGAUAUUGUUAAUGUAUUCAUUGUGAAAUAACAAUUAACAGAUUAUUAUUUAUUUUUUUAAGUGAGUUUGAAUCCAGGGCGUGCUGAGUGACUCCAGCCAGGUCUCCUAAGCAACCAAAUUGGCCCGGUUGCUAGGGAGGGUAGAGUCACAUGGGGUAACCUCCUCAUGGUGGUGAUUAGUGGUUCUCGCUCUCAAUGGGGCGUGUGGUGAGUUGUGUGUGGAUCGUGGAGAGUAGCAUGAAGCCUCCACAUGAUGUGAGUCUCCUAAGCAACCAUAUUGGUCCGGUUGCUAGGGAGGGUAGAGUCACAUGGGGUAACCUCCUCGUGGUCGCUAUAAUGUGGUUCUUGCUCUCGGUGGGGCGUGUGGCGAGUCGUGCGUGGAUGCAGCGGAGAAUAACGUGAAGCCACAUGCGCAAUGUCUCCAUGGUAACGCGCUCAACAAGUCAUGUGAUAAGAUGCGCGGAUUGACGGUCUCAGACGCGGAGGCAACUGAGAUUCGUCCUCCGCCACCCGGAUUGAGGCGAGUCACUGCGACACCACGAGGACUUCGAGCACAUUGGGAAUUGGACGUUACAAAUUGGGGAAAAAAUCCCAAAAAGCUUUUCAUUGUUAGUUUAUCCCAGGUUAUAAUGCAUUAACUAAUGUUAGCAUAUACAACUUUUAAUGUUAAAAAAGUUUCGUAAAAAUUAAAAUCGAACAUGAACCAAGUUUAUUUAAUCCUGUAAAAGUUUUGUUCAUUGUUAGGUCAUGUUAACUAAUCGUGUUAGCUAAUGCUAUUACAUCGCUAGCUGGGAUACUCGAUUCUGAUUGGUCAAUGGCGCCAUCUAGCGGUCUGACAUCUCUGAGUAACAACCGCAGAUCCAGGGAUUAAGACGUAUCGGACCGCUUAUACGGGUAUUUGCAAGCCUUCUUUCCUGCUUCUUACUGUGCGAUCUUUACAAGUAAGCUAAUAAAAUUAUUUAAACUCAAAUUAAUGUUUCAUGUACAUUUAUUUAUUUGGCGUCUAGUUUUUUAAAUAAGCUGUAUAGUGAGGGGCCUGGGUAGCGCAGCGGGUAUUGACGCUGACUAUCACACCUGGAGUCGUGAGUUUGAAUCCAAGGCGUGCUGAGUGACUCCAGCCAAGUCUCCUUAGCAACCAAAUUGGCCCGGUUGCUAGGGAGGGAAGAGUCACAUGGGGUAACCUCCUCGUGGUCGCUAUAAUGUGGUUCUCGCUCUCAAUAGGGCAUGGGAUGAGUUG